GAACUUUUGAGGUUAACUUUAUGUUUUCAAAAAGUUUUUAAACUUUUUUCCUGAUUUUGAGUUUGAAUCUUUAACUAUAAAUCCUGAAACUAAAAAAAAAAGAAGAUAAUGAAAAUAUGUAACAAUGAUUAAAUAACCAUUUACAAAAAUUCACAUUUCGUACAUAACGUUUAAGAAAUUAAAAUAGAUUGAAGUCGAGGAUUUUAACACCUUGUAACUAAUUACUAGCUACAACACAGAAGACAAUAAUUAUACAGAAUAUAAUACAAUGCAGACAAUGUAAUAAUGCAAAAUAGAAAUUAUAUAAUCAUGGGUCGAACGAAACGAAAACGAGCACGAUCAAAAUACCCUCGCAUAUUGAAUGAAACUUUAAUACGGUUGCAGCUAUGGCUCUCCGAGAACAAUUGGAAGAAUGAAUCUAAGCUCAAAAUAAAAUUAUUCAAUGAGACAGGUAGAGGGAUUGCCUCCAAGAAAUCUAUUACACCUAACGAUAUCCUAAUUUCAAUUCCGGCUAGUUCUCUAAUAACCUUCGCUCAGGUUAAAAUUAGUUUACCUAGUGCAACGAAAGUGACAAUACACGAAGCGCUAGCGAUGUUUCUGAUUGUGGAGAAAAUGAAAGGUGUAAAAUCACUUUGGAGUGAAUAUUUGCAAAGUUUACCUGAAGAAGUACCUUUGUUGCCUUGGUUGGCUACACCAGAAGAAAUAGACUCGUAUCCUGCUGAUUUUAAAUUGGCUAUUGAUCGACCACUUUCAGACUAUGCAUGUUUCCUAAAAAAAGCAUGUCAAUUGAUAGGAGAUGUAUAUGAGCCUUUAUUCCCAUGGGCAUUUGCUAUGGUCAAUACUAGAGCAGUGUAUAUCGAUCAUGAUCGUGUAUCUACGGAUUCGAACAGCAAUUUGUUGUUGAUAGACAAGCCUUCGAUGGCAUUGUGCCCUUUUCUGGACAUGUUUAAUCAUCAUUAUUUAGCUAAAACAGAAGCCGGUUUAGUCGAACACGAUAAGAAAUUUUACUACGAACUUAAGAGUCUUAACGGAUAUAGUAAAAAUGAACAAAUUUUUAUAUCUUAUGGUCCACACGAUAAUUUAAAAUUACUAAUGGAAUAUGGUUUUUUCAUUCCUGGUAAUGUAUAUGAUACAGUGAGAUUUCGAUUGGAAGAAAUUUUGAAAGAAUUAAAUUUCUCUUUAGAUGAUAACAGGUACAAAUUUAUUAAAGACCACAAUUUUCACCAUAAUCUUCAUCUCGGUUACGCCGGAGUUUCUUAUAAUCUUAAGAUAGUUCUUUUUUCUGGCUACACAGAGGAUAUGAAACAAUUAAAUAUGGUGGCUUUUAGUGAUUCUUAUCCUGAGGAUUUCUUAAUAAAUUAUUUAACCAAAUGCACAGCAAUUUUACUUAAUUAUAAGAAAAAUUCGUGCCUUAAAGAAUUAAAUACAUUGACCAACUUAAAUCAGUUAAGCAAUUGCGCCAGAAACGUUGUAGAAUACAUUAGAUAUCGCCUUUUAUUUGUAGAGGAAUUAAAAGUUAUUUUUAAUAAAAAUUGUAAAAGUUGA